AUGAUUAAAACAGAUAUAGAUGAUAUGGAUAGCAACUCUCGAAAUUACAUGAAAACAAGGACGUUCAGAAUUGUUAGAUUAUUUGCAAUAAUUUUUGCACUGCUUUUGAUAGCGUACUCGUUAUUCCUAAGCACUCUUAAAACUGGCUCUGUACCUGACCGCGCUAACACUGCUACUCUAGUACGCCGCGCUAGGUGGUCAUUUGCGACUGGAUUGGGACUAGGAGGAUUUGUUAUUGCAGCAGCCGCUUAUGCCACUCCUUACUGGGUCGCAGCAAUCUGUCUCGCAGCCACUAGCGGGGUAUGUGCACCUAUAGCUGGUGCUGUUUUGUCAACAGCAGCUGUUGUAACAGCAGCUAUUUUAGUGGGUAUGGGUACGGGCACGGUAACAAAGCGAGGAUUAAGUAAGACUAUUAGCGCACUGAAUCAUACUAUUACAUUCACUGAUCAUAUACUCAAUGGCCAGACAUUGUCCAAUGGUACUGCUAGUAAUUUUGUUACAAUAGGGUUCAGCGGGUAUGCAGUACAUGACAGUAUCAAGCGUGACGGCGCUGCUGAUAUCAACUUUGUGGGGUAUACUACGGAGUAUGGAACCCACGUCAGCACUAGUAGCGUACAUAAUGUGAGCAGUCUCAUCGAUCAAAUCGUGGCAGCGGUACCAGGGGUCCCUGGUACGAGUGGCAACGCUUCGGCGCUAUUGUUCCAGAGACGCAGUCAGGAGUUCGCUACCUCCUGGAUAUCAAUGACAUAUGACCAAAGUUAUGGUGACCUGGCACAGAACUGGCAAAAUGACGAAGGUGGAGCAGGCAAUUUUGAUUCGUAUGCCGAAGUGGAGUUACAAAAUUUCUUUUCAGGUAAUAGGGAUUGGAAGUACUGCUUUGCUGCUGAGGACACGAAGAACGGUGAGCCAAUUGAUUACGACGACAUACCUGGUGACGGUGCAGGCACGGGUUCGGCAUUCAAGUCUGAGAUAUAUUUUAACACUUACGGUGGUAUAGAUAAUUAUUGUAAUGACGAGCACGUCGGUGCCCAGAACACUGGAGAUGGUCGAUAA